GCAUCGGAUGUUAUGACAGACAGUGUAUCAUUUUGCAGUUAUGAGUUUAUUUCUUCCUAAGUUGUCUUGCAAGAAAGACAUCGAUACAGUCAUUAAAACUGUUGCUGAAAAGGUUCUGGUUCUACGUUUUGGAAGAGAUGAUGAUGUGAUAUGCAUGCAACUAGAUGAAAUUCUGUCAAAAACAUCCCAUGAUUUAAGCAACAUGGCUGCUAUCUAUAUUGUGGAUGUGGACAAGGCACCUAUCUAUUCUCGCUAUUUUGACAUCAGUUUCAUCCCCUCAACGGUGUUCUUCUUCAACGGACAACAUAUGAAAGUUGACUACGGGUCUCCAGAUCACACGAAGUUUGUGGGGAGCUUCAAAACCAAGCAAGACUUCAUGGAUCUCAUCGAGGUGAUCUAUCGUGGAGCCAUGAGAGGAAAGCUAAUUGUUCAGAGCCCGAUAGACCCCAGAAAUAUCCCCAAGUACAAUCUACUCUACCAUGGCAUCUAGGGUAGGGUAACAGAAUGGACAAACGGGUCAAUUUGAUGCUGGUGGUGAGAGUUUUGUUUCCCAUGGAAACAACAAAAUAUGACAUGAUGUUUGAGUUUCUUCUUGUGUCAGAAUAAGUGGCCAAAUAUUUAUGGCUCUAAUCAAGGAUUGAGUUUUUUUACUUGCAUUUUUUGGUUGUGUUGAUAUACUAAUGAAAUAAAAGGUUUGCAUUAC